CGUCGCGCAACGCUCCCGUUCCGCUUCUAUCGCGCUUCCGUCGCGCUUCCGUAGCGCUUCCGUCGCGGCGCCGAUUUCAAUUUCGAUUUUGAUCUCGAUGUAAAAUCAGAAUUCGUCUCGCGCACCGAAACCGGCCGACCGAUCGGUUGAACAAAGUCGAAACUCGUCGUCUCGUUGCACCACGCGAACGAUAUUCCAGUCCGCCCGGUUCGAACAAGUACCCCAAACCGACCGGAUCGUCGCUGAUCGAAACGAACACGAAUCCAAAGUACUGGCUAGCUUGUAAUCGUACACAGUGUCUUCCUCGUUAACAUUGAUAUCGGGCGCCGGAUGGGACCCUCUUCGAAAGACGAUUAUUUUCUUUCGAAUUGUACGAAACGUGUUGAGAUGUUUUGGAGAAAUAUCGCUUUUAUAUGGUGACGAUUCAAGAGUGACUCAUUCUAUCGGUUCGUGUGCUAAUAAUUUCUGCGAAGGAUUAUUACUCUGCAUGAGGAUCCACAGUCAGGUUGACGGAAUCGUUGAAUCCGCUUUGUGAAAGCGUUCGCACGAUCUUGAAAUUGUUCAUCGAACCAGUGACAUUAGAUCAAAGAACAAUAUAGCAGUAUAAUGUAUAUACGGAACAUUAAUCCAAUCCCUCGUGAUAGUGAAGAAUUACAAAUUUAGUGAACGAAAGAACAAUGUAACGGAGAGUGCAUAUCAUGUCACGAAUAACAGACGGUAAGCAUAACCACACGGGACAUUGAAAGAUUGAAGAUUAGAUUCUAAAUACAGAAUUUAAAUGCUUAAAGAACAAUAACGCUAUUAUACUACUUAUAUUACACUAUGCGGUACAGUGUCUUAAAGAACAAUCAUAAGAUAAUAAUAUUAUUAAGAAACGUCGGCAACAGCUUCUAAAAGACGUAACAACGCGAGGAACGGUGGCAAGAUUUUAGAUCAGGAUCGCUCUGAAAACUGUGCGGGUUCAAAGUAUUUUAGUAUCGGAAACGAUAGUGACAGUGACAAGCGGAAAACAGAGGAAGAUCGCGAAUGUAAGAUCGCACAAGUUUUGUUUCAAGCGCCGAGAACGUUGUAGCAAGCAGAAUAAAAGGAGGAGAGAGAUAGAGAAAUUUUGUGUCGGAAAUAGAGUUGAAGCAAUCUGGAGAAUAGAGCUCGAGCUGUAGCAUCGUUGGAACAGGUCCAGGGAUCCACUGAUUGGAUUCAUCGAUGAAAAGUUUUUCACCGGAUUAUCUGAAAACAUUGAAUGGUACUUUUCCCGAUUAGUGAAUGCAUCUGAAUUUAGAAAGAAAUCACGUUGAUCUAUAUAAAAUCUUUUUAGUGAACGUAAAAUCUAACAAGAUUCUUUCACAAGAACUGAAAUCUUCUAUAAUUGAAUUUGGUACUGCUAAUUACUGGAGAAGGUUCUGAAAUGUGAGACGAGUAUUUACUGAUUUCUAGGAUUACACUGAACCUGAACAACCUCUACGAUUUUUCCUCUGAUGAAUCUAGAAUAUUCUAGAACCUACGUAGUCAAUCUAUGAUCCCUGCUAUCUGUCAACUGAAAAGAAAAUCUUCGAUACUUAGAAGAUUCAAAAAGAAGGAAAUCCAUAAGUCUGAGAAGAAUAAACAUUCUAGGAUUCUUCCUGAAAUCAAAGAAGAGAAUCUGCAGAAUGAUGGAUCAUGAAAUGAAAUAGAGGGGGAUUUAAAUUAGUUAAAAGAGUGUGUUUAUUCAACUGCAGAAAUUAUCCACCGAUUUUAGCAUUUUCAAUCAUUAAGGGACAUUCUAAUAUACUCUACUAACAUCAAGAAGGACCUGCAGUUUAUCAAAAAAUUUUAUCUAUCGGCUUCGAUAUACUCGAUACCUCCUAAUCAGAAGCUUCUCGAGUCGAAAACGAGCAAAAUCGCUGAAAGAAAUAUAAAAAAAUACAUCACCAUGGACUCGCCAGCAACAACAACAACGUCCUAGAGCCUCAGCGUCCAUCCAAGUCCAACAUCGCAACCAGAAGCAAUGAAGAGAAUCAACAGCAACAGCUUUUUUGAAGACGCCACCAUGAUCUAGGGCCAGCUAGACAUCCCAGUGAAUCAAAAAUCCACGUGAAAAUACAACGGUAUUUGGCAGAGAUUCGAAAAAAGUAACCAGCCAAGCUAAAACUUCGCGCAUUGGAUCAGCCAUGUUGUUAAUCACUUCAAUGUUAACCUUGACCACUAGGUGUCAAGAGGAAAGCUCUUUGGACCUGUUACGCGUGCGACGCUCGAUGUCGCCAACGGCGGUUACAAAUCUAACCCACUGGUUCAAGAACCGGAGUUACGAACCUCUGGAAUUCGAUGAGAAGCCGAUCGAGGCUUGCCACUCGCUGUACUUCUUGCUGGACUUCUUCCACCAGUACUACAUUCCGUCGAUCAUCUUGCUGGGUCUGGUGGGCAAUCUGUUGUCCUGUAUCGUGUUCCUGAACACCUACCUGAGGAUCCGCAGUUCGAGCUAUUAUCUGGCAGCAUUGGCCACCGCCGACUUUGGAUUUUUGGUGACGCUGCUGCUGGUUUGGCUGAACAAUACCCUCGGCUGGAAAGUGUUCAACAAAGAUGGCUGGUGCGAGACGCUGGUUUACGUCAGCGCGGUCUGCAGCUCUCUCAGUGUUUGGCUGAUCGUUGCGUUCACCGUCGAAAGAUUCAUCGCGGUGCAGUAUCCGUUGCACCGGCCACAUAUCUGCACGAUCGCCAGGGCUAAAGCCAUUGUCCUCGUUCUGGUGAUCCUAGCGCUGGCCAGCCAUUCGUAUUCGUUCGUGACCGCCGGCGUGGUGCUGAACCGCGACGGCGAGGAGUACUGCGACCUCAAAGCCGAGUACAUGGAGACCAUGAAGAUCAUCAACAUCAUCGACAGCAUUGUCAGCCUGAUCGCACCCCUCGUGCUCAUCAUCGUGAUGAACACCAUGAUCAUGAGGAACCUGCUCAAGUUCAGCAAACGAUUCAACGAGACGCCGUCGGCCUGCACGGAUUGUCCCAGCAGAGAGCGUUCGGAUAUUAAUCUCAACCAGAUUCCGAGUGCCAGCAGCAGCAACAAUGGCGCCGGGGGUAUAAAUCUGGGGCCAAUGCCUGGUGGUCGUCGGAUACCGUCGCAGCAAUCUUUCAACUCAUCGAAGAACAACCAUUCGCAUCAUUCCCGACACCAGACGAAUUCCGCGCCGCCUUCGACACCUCGGAACGCCUGCCAGCUACCCGAAAUGGCCGGCCGUUGUAUACAUGCUAAAUCAUCGUCGCGGAACCUCGUCUCGACGAAGACUCAGCAAGGAAACACGAAGACGUUACUGCUGAUUAGUACCGUCUUCAUUCUCCUCAAUUUACCAAGCUACGUGAUUCGCCUGUGCGUGUUCUUCUUCACGCUUGCGCACAAGAACAAGCCCGAUUUGCUCUGGUGCCUGCAGCAGUUUUUCAUGCUGCUUUACUACACGAACUUCAGCAUCAACUUCCUGCUGUACGCAAUGUGCGGCGUCACGUUCCGCCGAUGUCUGCAGCAGCUGAUGCGCAAGGUGCUGAAGAACCUAACCACGUACCACUGCAAUCCCCAGCGAUAGAUAGGGCCUACGUCCCGGCGACGCAACCGUCGGGGCGCUGAUCUCGUCGACUCGUCGAGCUUCCUUUGAUGCUGGAGGCGUGGCUUCCUUACCGCCUCGGAAACGCUCGUGACGCGCGCCACGCUCUCCCCAGUCCUCUCGCCUAUCAACGGUGAGUUUCCGCGAUGACGCGUCUGUUCCGGAGACAAGACUAGAACGGGCAAGGCCAUAAAUUGCCCCGUAGAGCACCGCCGUGGCUCCGUGGAGAUCGGGAGCGAUGAAACCACGCCCACUCAGAACGCUUUGUGCGGUGAAAACAGGACAAAACGUAUCCUCACUGACGGUGAAUUUAUAAGAUCUGAGUUUGGGAGGAGGCACUGCUCCCAGGGGCAGUUCGAAGCUCGAAGAGUAUGCCAGCGUGGUUUUCAGAGCUAGAUAUUUUAAAGGUGCGAAGAGUAUAGGUGAAGCAUAAUUCAAGAUGAGCAAGGAUUGCCCCGUGGAGCGCUUCCUAGCUCUCUGAAAACUCGAAGCAACGAGACUACACCCAUUACGAACACUCCACGCGAUGAAAGUAAUAUGUAUAGUAUGUAUUGCUGUUGAUAUUAAUAUUCGAAAGAUCCAAUUAGGAUUGACCCAAGGGCCAAUCGAGAGCUCUCGAUGACCAUGUCAAGUCUAGACUUGUCCAUAGCUCGAUAACGCACGAGUCUGACUAUUUUAAUGAAAAGUGAACAAUUGAUUGGAUAUCAUUGUUGCUUUCAGAGCUUGAUGUAGGUUCUAAAUUAGGCAUGGUCGCGAAUGGCCUCGUGAAACAGUCUUCUGGUUCGGUAGGAAUGGAGAUCAACGAGACCGCGGCUACUUAGGACACUGUACCAUUCAAUCUGUUAAUUGAAUUAAUAGAAAGGUACGAUUAAUGUAACAAAAAGUCGACAAAAGAUCGUCGAAUCGAGGAUUUUUUUAAAACACUGUUUGUGCAAGGAUGUUGUUGAAAAUUUGUUCGUGUUCGGCGUUCCCGCCGUUCUAGACAAACAUUUCAAGGUGGAAUAAUUGACUGGAAAUUUUAGUAAUUUGAAAUGCAUACAAGUUAAAGCAACGUCUCGCAACAAAAACAAUUCACUCGUGAUCAAAGAAUCCUUGAUAUUCAGCCCAAUGUUGACAAACGAGCCUUAUUCACUACGUAAUCGGCACUGGAAUAACAAGAGAAAAUCGAUAACGAGCUAUAUAUAACCGUUGAUGUUUAUUUUGGAAUUUAUAUUACUGCGGCGCGCAGUAUGAUAUCUCCACGAUUCGACGAGAUUAAAUUAUGAAAUCAAAGGAAAUCAGUCGCUGGUUUCGUUGAUUUCUAUAAAACAACAUUCCACUCGAUUCAAUGCGGGUAACGCUAUGUACUUUUUUACAUGAUAGAUUUUGCACCGAACAAUGCUUCUUGUUAAAAGAAACAACAUUCAUUUGAAAAUAUGUUCCUAUCGUUCGUAAUUCUCCGAUGAAUUUGUUAUCUUUUGUUGGCUGUUCCGCUGAUUUUAAUUAGUCGUUGAAAUCCUCUAAUCCAGUCGAAAUUUUCGUGAACUAUCCGACAGUAAAUAUAAAUUUAAUGCUAGUUUCCUUAAACAGAUUAUGGAGCGACGUAACAAGCCCGAGCAGCUUAUCAGCAGUUCGCAUGCGGUUAUCUGACAGGAGAGACAAUAAAUAAUUGAUCAAAGAUAAAAUUACGCGACCACCCAACGUAAAAGUGGUUGUUGAUCUUUUUGAUAGAAAAAAUCCCUCCAGCCUGUCAACCGCGACAGCUCGACAGCCUCGGCACACACCGCUAUCUGUUACUACUAGUUACGGCAGUGGAAAAUUACGUUUAUACAGUGAGUCGCUCUUUAGUCGAGAAUAGCUUCCUGAAAAUUAGAUUGGUUUACUAGGUGAAAAAGAAAUGUGUAAAAGAAAUUUUGAGAAAAUGUUCAGUUCGUGCUGGGAAUGAUUUUGAAACGAUUCGAGUCAUGCGAGUCUGAGAUGCAUUGUCUGAUAAUUAGACUGCGGAUUGUAUGCGUUUGCGACUGACUAGGUGAAAUUUCAAUUAGAAGAAAGAUGUAAAUAAUCGAAUAGUUUCAAUCGCAUUAUUUUUUCUUUAUUCACAUUUUAAAAAUAUAAACUUUUUCGUUCGGUACUUACAUUUUACAGAAAAUCUCGCAACCUAUCACUUGCAUUUGAUCUAACUGAACAAUUGCAACAGACAGCACAAAGAAAUAGAUAAACGUAAAUGUAAACAUCAACGUGAGCUUUGAUCGAUGCACGGCUCGUGCAGCACGAACAAGGAAUCGCAUCGAAAUGAAAAGUCUUUCAGAAACGAUUACAAUUUGUUGUUCGCCUAACUGUAAAAACUGGAAAAUGUGUGUGUGUGUGUGCGCGCGCGUGUAUGCGUGUGUGUGUGUGUGUGUAAUUUAUUCACUGUAUACAAUACGGGUACUACUACCCGAAUCGAUGUGUAGAGACGAGUGUAAUAUACAUAUAUAUAUAGGGUGUUUAUUUUAUCCUGCACAUUGAAAUAUCUUCGUUAUUUUUGCUGAUAUAAAAAAAAAAAUGUGUGAGGAUAAUUUUAUUUAGUUCAAAGCUAAAAAUAUUAUGAUUCAUGUUCUCUUUCCUCUCGAGAUCAUUUGUUUUCAAGCACCGAAGGUCUUCGCUAUUUUUUGCACAUUGACCCCUAUUUUUUAAUGGUCAUUUAAAGGUCAUAGUGUCAAAAGUCAUUGAAUUCGUUUUGAGGUGCACCAAGGUGCUGCGUUAUAAAAAAUAGGGUUAAAUGUGCAAAUAAAAGCGACGACUUUCAACACUUGAAAACAAAUGAUCUUGAGAGAAAAAACCCUGUAUACUUACACACGUAUAAUACGAUAUAUAAAUACAUAUAUAUAUGUAUAUAUACGUGUAGAUAUUGUCAAGACUCGCUGACGUUAUUGUUGUCAACUGUUUAUUAAACCUUCUCAAACAAUUCA